GCCCCACCUGAUUCCUCGAUGGGUUCCCGCAGCCAAGGCUUCUUCCACCACCACCACCACCACCACCGCGGCUCCUUGGUGCCCACCGCGGUGCCGAGGCUGCUGGCUGAGAACAGCAGCCUGCUGGGGGGCAUCGCGCAAAUCACCCCCAACCUCUUCCUCAGCAGAGGGAACGUGGCGUCCAACCGCAGCCUGCUGCUCUCAAAGGGCAUCACAUGUGUGGUCAACGCCACCAUCGAGCUCCCGAACUUCAACUGGCCUCACAUGGAGUAUGUCAAGGUCCCACUGGCGGAUAUGCCCCACUCCCCCCUCUCCCUGUAUUUCGACAGUGUGGCCGAUAAGAUCCACAGCGUGGGACGCAAGCGAGGCGCCGUGCUGGUGCACUGUGCCGCGGGAGUGAGCCGCUCCGCCUCCCUGUGCCUGGCGUACCUCAUGAAGUAUCACCGUGUGUCUCUGGCAGAGGCCCACGCCUGGGUCAAAGCCCGGCGGCCCGUCAUCAGGCCCAACGGCGGCUUCUGGCGCCAGCUCAUCGAGUACGAGAGGAAGCUGUUUGGUAGGAACUCUGUAAAGAUGGUGCAGACGCCCUACGGGGUGAUACCCGACGUGUACGAGAGGGACCGCAGGAGCCUGGCUCCGUACUGGGGCCUGUGA